GCACUGGAGCCUGUAAGAUAGAAUUGCAAUUGCCAUGUAACGCCAGGACAAACAAAAAAAUGGACCAAGGUUUAGUGGGGAGGUAAAACUCGGUCCUACUUUUCAGCUUAGAAGAUUCAGAGAGAGGGGGAAGAGAGAGAGAGAGGUGUGGGAAGCGCAGGAGGCCGUCUGGGAAAGGAAGAUGCCAUGUCAUGACAAGAUUUUGGAUAUUGAUUACACCUCCUAAAGAGCCCUGCGUUACCAUCUCCAGCAGGAGCGGCUCUUAAUAGAAAUCCGAGGGGUAUUUUCUGCUUUGUUGUCGAAUUGAAUUGGGGUCUCUCAAUCGAUCGGGCAGUUGCUUAUGGGCAGUUCUUUUCUGUGCCAAAAGGCCCAUUUUGGUUUCCAAUUGUGCACUGCCCAGUAGACGAAGCCACCUUUGUGGUGGUGUUUGUCCGCGCUCUCGGUUAUUCGAGGAGUAGGCCGAAGGAAUUUUAGCCUGGAAAGAGGAGGGUUUUCUUGAUAUCUAACGGCUUUUAGGUUAUUUUCUAAUUGUUGGUGAAAUUGCAUGGGCGAUUACCAAGCUUGGGGGCAGCCUAAUGGCGGAUUGGCAGAGGAGAACCCGAGCAGUGCAAACCCCAAUCCCUCCGCAAUCACUCGUGAUGGGUGGAACCGAGCGGAGGACCGGGCUUUGGAGAUAAUAUGCCGGAUUCAGCCGACGGCGGUCUCGGAAAUGAGGAGGAAGGCCGUUGUUGAUUAUAUGCAGGGGCUUCUUCGUGGAUGCCUCGGUGCCGAGGUGUUUCCAUUUGGUUCAGUACCAUUGAAAACCUAUCUUCCAGAUGGGGAUAUUGACCUGAGUGCAUUUAGCCCUUUUCAUAAUGUUGAGGAUGCUUUAGCGAAUGAUGUUCGUAUUGUCCUUGAAGGAGAAGAACAAAAUAAAGCUUCAGAAUUUGAAGUAAGGGAUGUUCAGUACAUUCAUGCUGAGGUCAAGCUAGUGAAAUGCCUUGUUCAGAACAUUGUUGUUGACAUCUCUUUUAAUCAGCUAGGAGGGCUAUGCACUCUAUGCUUUCUUGAGCAGGUCGAUCGAUUAAUUGCUAAGGAACAUUUGUUCAAGCGAAGUAUCAUUUUGAUUAAGGCUUGGUGUUACUAUGAGAGCCGCAUCCUUGGUGCUCACCAUGGCCUUAUUUCUACAUAUGCAUUGGAAACACUGGUCCUGUAUAUUUUCCAUCACUUCUAUUCCUCCUUGCAUGGACCUUUAGAGGUUCUGUACAGGUUCCUGGACUAUUUUAGUAAAUUUGAUUGGGACAAAUACUGUGUCAGUUUAAAUGGUCCUGUUCCAAUAUCUUCUCUUCCAGAAUUGACAGUGGAGCCACCUGAAACAGAUGGAGCUGAUUUGUUGCUCACAAAAGACUUUCUUAGAAGUUGUGUGGAAACUUAUUCAGUGCCAGCGAAAAUGUCAGAGAGUUCACGCCCAUUUCCUUUAAAGCAUCUAAACAUAGUUGAUCCUUUGAAAGAAAACAACAAUCUUGGGCGCAGUGUCAGCAGAGGAAAUUUUUACAGGAUCCGAAGUGCAUUCACAUAUGGUGCUCGAAAGCUUGGGAGAAUUCUUCUUUCUCCUGAUGAGGUCAUUUCAAAGGAAAUCAAUAAAUUCUUCAUGAACACAUUAGAUAGGCAUGGCAGUGGGCAACGACCAGAUGUGCAAGAUCCUAAUCCUAGUUUUCUUGAAACACCUUCUUUUGGUGGCAGUGCAUAUGGAGCUGUAUCUAACUUUGAUCCUGAAGGAUAUAUGGAGGAUCAGUUCUCCCAAAUGAUAUCCGUUGAAACAAGUAGUGCAGCUGCUGAAGAGACAUCUGAUAGUUGCAGCACAUUAUGUGAUGGCACUGCUAAGCUUCAGAUACAAGACCAGGAAGGUGAUUCUGAUACUAAGCUUCAAAGAGGAAUAAAAUCAUUCAAUCUACAGAGUCUGUCCCGUAACAGCUAUAAGAUGGACCACAAUUCCAUGAUCUCAGAAUUUGAUGAAUCUGUUGGGGGAACCCCCGUUUCAGGAAGCUGUUUGGUGGGAGAUGCAAAAGAUCUUACCAUCAGCAGACUGAUGGUUCCAAGUUCUAGAAAAGAGAUUGACACAGGGUCCAUCAAUGAGUCAUGCGCUUCAUCGUCUGGGAGAGUUCCUGACCGUUUUUCCCGGUCCAAUACCUACCCAGGGAAGAUGGCAACUGCUCAUGUUGAUCAAUGUGGAGCUUUCCCCUCUAAUGUAUUUAAGAAAGUGUCUUCUUUGCAGCAAAUGUCCAAUGAGCAAGUCUUCCUUUCCUCAGGGGGAACAAAGAAAAGUAUAUUUGUAGUAAGUGAUGCACCUCAACCUUGCACUAGCAGUGAGAGCUCCUAUGGUUUUUUGCUCCCUGAUCUAGGGUCCUAUCCGUCAGAUGAUAUUGUGUGUCAGACCAGCCAGUCAGAGGGAAUUUUUUCUGGUGGGAUGGUUCCUUGUACGGGUGGUGCUGACAAUGAUGCUGGUCUUAGAAUUGGAGCUGCUGGAGAUUAUGAGGCUGUCAACCACUUAUCAGAUUUAAUUGGUGAUUUUGAAAGCCAUAUGCAAAGCCUAGCAUGUGGUCGCUGGUGCUAUGAGUCUACCUUGUUUGGGCCUGUCCUUCCUUCCCCAGCAAUAUCAAAUUCUUAUAUUCACAAUAGACAGGCAUAUGAAGGUGCACAUCGGCCUGCCCAAUCAAAGCAUAUUUUUCAAUAUGUUCCCACAAAUGGAGGGACAAUGGGUCCUCUUUUCUCUCCAACUGGUAGCUAUUAUCCUUUAAAUUCACCCAUCGUUUCCGGUGGCUUCAAUAUUGAGGAUUUACCAAAGCCAAGAGGAACUGGCACAUACUUCCCCAAUAUGAACCAACGCAUGUACAAGGAGCGGCAACCCUCUGGUAGAGGUAGAUACAAUGUCAUGCCCAACCACAUGUCUCAGAGGCCUCGUAAUAAUGGACGUGCUGCAUUCUCUCCAUCUGACAUGAACUUGACUGGGCGAGGCAUUGAUUCAGGCUUACAGGAAAAAGCUAACAGUGAGUCCCCAAGGCAAGAAACAUCGAAAUCAUCUUAUCCUGCAUUCAGUGCCCCAAAUGCCACUGGUUGGUCAAGAGUGGCAUCUCCAGCAACAGGGCCAGUUUAUCCAUCAGGUAAUGGUCGGGGAAAGCUGGUAACAGCAGAAGUCCCAAGCAGUAGGCCAAUUAUGAGGUAUCUUUCCACUACAAAUGGAUUGCCUCCAUCGACUGAGGGUCUUGAAUUUGGGACUUUAGGUCCUCUACCUUGGAGUUCUCUAAAUCGAGAACAGAAUAGAAAGCAGGAACAGGCUUCUGGGGAUACGUUACCAAUCUCAUCUGCACAGAGACCAGUGCUUGGUGUGAACCAAGAAAGGACUCCGCAGUCAUAUCACCUGAAAGAUGAAGACUUCCCACCUCUUUCUUUCUGACUGCAUCCUAUAAGGUUCCUAUAGAGGCCAAUCACGAACAGUGGAAAAAGGAAAACAUGUGCUAACAGUGUCUGAGUUUAGCCCAACUUUAAACUGUAAAGUCUAGUAAUGGAAGGGGCAAUAUGUAUAUCUUUGCCUGAAUUUUCCCCCUCUUCUGUUGACACAUAGUGGCUAAGGGAUUAGUUUCUCUAUUCAAAGCCCCUUUUCACCCUUAUUUCUCUAGUGGGUAGACAGCCAUGUUCAAUGUUAUUAUAGAGCACUUCCACCAAUAGAUAUAAAAGAUAAAACAGUGGUAGCUUCUAUAGGAUCUUUACAUAUGAUUCAUAUGUGAUUAUUUCUUUGAUCUUUGUAUACUGGGUUCUCUUGCGAUUGUGGAAGAGAUUUUUUGUGUCAUGCCUUUCUGCCUUUCGGCCCUGGCUGUUUUGUGUGUGGCUGCUCCCUGGUGCAACUUAAAAUGGCGCGUCAAGGAUAUACCUUCUUGGAUCUGGGAUCUUGACUCUCCAUGCAGUUUCGUCUGAACUUAGUGUUGGCUGGACCAGAGUGAGAAUUUCCUUGCAGCAUAUGAAGAGUCAAAGCGGGUUUUUCCAGGAGCAUGUCAUAGCUGAAAGAGAUUAUUAUACAAACUUCACCAUAAGGAUGAUGUCUUGGGCACACAAAAGUAAUGACAUGAGGAUGUAUUCGGAAGCCAAUAAACAAUGAUUUCUUGUUAUCUUUUCUCAGAGGUUGGUUCCAUGUUAUCUCUGACUGAACUUUCGGAUGUGAACACUUGCUAAAUGCGUAUUGAAUGGGAGAGGCACAUCAUCGUGGCAAUUUGAGCCCCUUCUUGUUUUGUUGAUCUGAAUUAUUUAAGGGCAAAAAUCUUAGAUUUCCUUGGCCAUGUAAAUAAGAUUUGCAUAUAUUUAUGGAACUGAAGAUGUGGAUGUUGAACUGAAGAUGUGGAUGUGGAUGCAUACAUGUUCUAAGCUUUGUUUGACAUUUUCCAUAAUGGAUGGGAUUAGACAUUUGUAUAUUA